AUGUCUGAAGAGCAAUGGGAGCUAAUUUGCGACGAGCCAGAAGAAUUUAGCAGAACAAAACCCAAGAACAAUUCCGAGGCAUUUUUAAGAAAGAGCUUGGACCGUUUCAAAAGAGUAUGGCAUAUCCUGUUUCCAGGGACAAGAUUUGUCCUCCAGUCACCCUUUUGCGAAGAUAUUUCUUCUUCACAAAUCAAAGAGAUAUUGCUGGAAGAAAUUCUAGAUGCCAGAGCAAGACAGGCUCUUGACCGUGGCGAAAUAUGUGCCAUUGACGACUUCCGAGCCGGCAGGGACCUUUGUAGUGAGAUGAUACAACGGGCACUAUCUAUUGGCGCUCUCUUACCCUCCGGUGCGAGGGAACGGACACCGGUAGCGGACCUCUCGUCACGGCCUCCCCCCUUAGUGCUUUCCAUUCCUCGAGGCAACGCCGAGUCUGAAAGCUUAGCAUCUGGACAAACAUCACCAUCCCUAACUGCGGUCAAGGAGCCCAAUGUCGCGGCCACAAGACCUCUGGAGUUCCUCUUCCAGCUCUCGGCGGAGAGGCCCAGAAAAAGAUGGGCUGCUUUCAUUGAGGAGAAAUCCAUCUGGAGAAAAGCCGCCGGGAACAGCAAUUGCGGAGACCGAGGCCCAGAGACGAAAGGCAACACAGAGCGGUACUUCUUCGCAAGACGGUACCUUCGACUGGGCGUCACCGUUAUCCGCUUGGACGUCGGAGUCAACCAGGGCGCCUGA